GAAGCAGGAGCAGAUAAAGCCUGGUGGUGAAGAGUGUUCAUGUGAUAGGCAGGAAAGCUGAACAUUCAGUUAUCCACAACUGUCUCUCAACUCCACAUAUAGAGUCCCCACAAUGUCCCCUGCAACUGCUGCUGAUAUAGGCUGCACUCCUCCUGAUGGAGGUUGGGGCUGGGCUGUAGUGUUUGGGUCAUUCCUGUCCAUCGGCUUUUCAUACGCCUUCCCCAAAUCCCUCACCAUCUACUUCAAGGAAAUCCAGGAGUAUUUCUCCAUCUCCUACAGUGAGAUUGCAUGGGUCUCCUCCAUCAUGCUUGCUACCAUGUAUGCUGGAGGACCAGUGAGCAGCAUACUCGUCAAUUGUUAUGGGAGCAGGCCAGUGGUCAUUACUGGUGGCCUAAUGGCUGGGUUCUCCAUGAUUGCUGCUUCUUUUGGCACAACUAUAAUACAUCUAUACAUAUGUGUAGGCAUCAUUGGAGGUCUUGGCCUUGCCUUUAAUCUGCAACCUGCCCUGACCAUUAUUGGGAAAUACUUUCUUGUAAAACGACCCAUAGCAAAUGGUUUGGCCAUGACAGGAAGUCCAGUAUUUUUGUUCACUCUGGCUCCACUCAACCAGUUUCUGCUUGACAACUUUGGCUGGCGAGGAAGUUUCCUCAUCUUGGGAGCCAUUCUGCUCAACUGCUGUGUGGCAGGAGCACUGAUGAGGCCUAUUAAGAUAAGAAAAAAGCCAUUGCAAAAUCAAAACAGUGGUGGCAAUGGAGCAAGAAAAAGGAACAGUGAUGCUCAGACAAAGCAGACAGGAUGUGUAUCACAUGUGAGCAAAUUCAUUGACCUCUCACUCUUCAAGCACCGUGGUUACCUUAUAUACCUGGUGGGCAAUGUUGUGAUGUUCUUUGGGUUCUUUGCUCCAGUCGUGUUCUUGGCACUCUAUGCCAAGCACCAGGGGAUUGAUGGGUAUUCUGCAGCCUUCCUGCUCUUUAUUUUUGCCCUGGUAGACAUGGUGGCUCGGCCAGCGACUGGCCUGAUGGCCAACACAAAAUGGAUCAGGCCCAGGAUUCAAUAUUUCUUCAGCUUUUCUGUGGUGUAUAAUGGGGUGUGUCAUUUGGUGUGCCCUCUGUUACCCGGGUAUACAGGUCUGGUGGUAUAUGCCAUCGUCUUUGGACUGGCCUUUGGAAUGCUGAGUGCACUGCUUUUUGAGGUGUUAAUGGAUUUGGUGGGAGCCCAGCGAUUCUCAAGUGCAGUUGGACUUGCCACUAUUAUAGAAUGUGCCCCUGUUCUUCUUGGGCCCCCGAUUUCUGGUGCUUUGGUUGAUAUCUUCAUGGACUACAAGUACAUGUACUUUGCAUGUGGCAUGAUGAUGGUGGUCCCUGGACUUUUCCUCUUUAUUAUGAAUUUUUUUAACUACAGAUGGUUGGAGCAGGAACAGCAGAAGCAGGAAGCUCUGCGGAUUGGUUCAGCCAGUGAACUUGCUGCUAUAGAGGAGGCUAAUGAUAUUGAGCAAGACAACAAACUCAGUCAGGAACAGAAAUUUAUGGACUUAGCUAGCAAAGACGCAUAAUGCUAUGCACUCUGGUUUUAAGUUGAAAAAGCAUUCAUCUAUAUAUUUAGAUAAAAAAAUUAUAUAUAUUGUUAUAUACCCUACAAGUUAUAUGCUGCAUAAGAUUAGUAUAAUAUUUAUAUUUGUCAUGGACCCUCCCCUGGCAGCUCGCUCACAACACUCGGUCAUCUCUGAGUACUAAUACCUGGAGUUUUACGAUUUAAACUCUCCAAUUACUCAACGUGAAACCUUGCUCCUUACUGUGAGCUUGUCUUUCACACUUCUGCCCUAACUUUCUACCAUAUUGACAGUGUGUAUUUGUUUUGUUGGUCUUAUCUGUUCUCCUUGCCUUGUGAUGUUUUGUUUUUGAUUCUCCGUUGCAUUAAACCUCUUAUGUAAUGGCCCUUUUCCACUACCCUUUUUCAGCUCACUUAAGCUCGCUUCAGCUCACUUCAGCCCGACACGGCUCGCGUUUCGACUACCAAAAACCAGCACGACUCAACUCGUUUCAGCCCUGCUUAGCCCCUAAAACUCGCACCGUUUUGGAGUGGGGCUGAAGCGAGCCAAGCCGUGCCGAGUGAGGUUGGGGGCGUGAGCGGACACUCCCCUGUGCACUGAUUGGUGAGGAGGAGUGUCCUCACAUGCCCACACACGCCCCGCAAGCGCGCUGGGAUCUAUAAACACCGCAAACCCGGAAGGAGAAGAAUUACGAAUUACGAGAAUUUCUGAAGCCUUAUGCGCCUCGCCUCAUCUAUACGCUCUUGCCAGUAUCUGUCCGCGUUGUUGGUGACAACAAGCCACAGCACCAAGACCAGCAACAUUAAUGACUCCAUGUCCUCCAUGUUUAUUGUUUACUAUUCGGGUCGUGAGACUACCGCUUAAAAGAUCACUGAUGUCACUGUUUGCGCUGCUUAACGACAUCACCUGACGUCCACCCACUUUCGCUAACUCCACCCAAUGUGUCCACCCACUUCCAGCCAGCACGGUUCAGCGCGGUUGUAGUUGAAAUGCAACUCCAACAGCCCCACUCAGCUCGACUCAGCACGGCACGGCUCAGCCCGACUCAGCCGCGUUUGUAGUGGAAAAGCGGCAUAAAUGUCCUGCCUACAGAGGUGGACAAAGGACCCAACUUCAUUACUUAAGUCAAAGUACAGAUCCCACUGGUCAAAUGUUACUCUGAUACAAGUGAAAGUUGUCCAGUCAAAUUUUUAUUUAAGUUAAAUUACUGAAGUACUUGCUUUUAAAAAUAUUUAAGUAUUAAAAGUACAUUUUCUGUCAA